ACAGUUUACACACAGAUCGAACACAGCACGAGCGCUGUAAGCAGGAAGUUAAGCCGCUUCAGUCUACGGCGCAUGCGCAGAAGCUCUCCACAAUCUAGGGAUGCAUUUGUCUUCGUAAAACGGUGUUUGACCUCAGUGACAGAUGCUGAACGUGGUUCCACCCUCUAGUGCCUCUUUGUGAGUGUGAUGGCAAACACCGACGAGGUGGCCGUGUCUGUGGGGGAAGUGGUCAUGGUGAAGACUGAAGACGAGUCCAGUGACCCAAACAAGACUCAGGUCAUCCUCCAGCUGCAGCCAAUCACCACUGGAGAUGAGUCUGCUGAAACAGAUGCAGCUGUCAUGGCAGUGGAAGGCCAUCCAGAACAAACGGAGGGAGACGACGUGGAAGUCGGCUGUCCCAUCACUUGUGGCGACUGUAAAGCUGUGCUGCUGGUGAAGAAAUUUGUGUGUCCAGGAAUCAAYGUGAAGUGCGUGAAGGAAACUCACCUGUAAAAUGCUUUCGUUUUGUUGUAAAGCGUCUGGGACAAUAAUGGCAGCAUUUUUUGAGAACUGCUGUCUGUGAGUUCUCGAGCUGUGGAGGACGACGACGAAAACAAAGAGGAAAAGAUAUCAAAUACAAUUUAGCAUGAAUGCUAAUAUUUAGCAAGAUACCACUCCUCCACUUCCCCCCGGGUUUUUUUUAAUAGAAGCACAUUAACAUCUCCAUACGUUCACAUGACGCAUUAAAUCUAUCCGAGCACAUCCCUGAAGAGGUGUAUACUACAUUCAGAGAUGGGGAAAACGGGAGAGCCCCCCAGUGGCCCUCCCAGUUUUAUCCUCUUGAAUACCCAGGUUUUUUUCUUUUUCAAUUCCCCUACCUAUUUAGGAAUAGAACCUC